AUGGAUGGCUCGAGAACAGACAGACCGGAGCGUAGAACUGCACUUAUUGCAAAAGAGCUGGCAAGGUACCACUUGGAUAUAGUUGCACUCAGUGAGACUCUCUUAGCUGACAAGGGUCAACUAUCUGAAGUAGGCACAGGAUAUACGUUUUACUGGAGUGGUCGUAACACCGAUGAAUGGCGCAAAGCAGGAGUAGGCUUUGCUAUCCGAUCUGAUCUGGCUCGUACUUUACCACAUAUGCCCGAAGGUAUCAAUGACCGUCUGAUGAUGCUGCGACUACCGUUAACGAACAAUAAGAACAUGACGCUCAUAAGUGCCUAUGCUCCAACGAUGACUAAUCAAGACGAAACAAAGGACAUGUUUUACAAAGACCUCGAGUCUGUCAUCACUUCCGUUCCAAGGUACGAUAGGCUAGUCAUUCUUGGUGACUUCAACGCACGUGUAGGCUCAGAUCAUGUGACCUGGGAGGGUGUGGUUGGGAAGCAUGGUAUUGGAACGUGCAACAGCAACGGCCUACUGCUACUCCGAACAUGCACCAUCCAUGACUUGACCAUCAGGAAUACUCUCUUUCACUUGCUCACUCGCAACAGGACAUCCUGGCUGCACCCGCGUUCAAAACAUUGGCACCUGAUCGACUAUGUCAUUACUCGAAAGAAUGAUGCGCGCGACAUGAGGGUAACAAAAGCCGUGUGUGGGGCAGAGUGCUGGACUGACCACCCUUUGAUCAUUUCCAGACUGGCU